AUGGAUCUCCGUAAAAAAGACAGAGAACAAGAACAGCGCAUUCCCGGGCUUGUGCGCACUGCACGUUUUGUGGAAACCAAAGAAGGUUGGUAUUUCCGCACCCGCGAGGACAUGAUGCUGGGGCCUUACGCAGACAAAUUCGACGCAGAGCUAUCCGCAUCGCUGCUGGUUGCUCGCCUGGCCCAGUUGGAAGAAGGCAAAGAUCCCGCUGCCGUGAUUCAGGCGUUUGAACUGGACCCAUCGAACUGCACCACCAGAAAUGCCGACCGGCAACAACCUGUGGAUUUGAAAGCGAUUCGACGGCGACAUCAGAUAGAAACCGCGAUGACAUAUUUAGCUCGCCUCUUCAUCACCAUCGCCUUGCUGGCGCCUUUUUCAACCACAUACGCCGUAGGUCCAGGUGACACUGCGCCCCCAUUUGUCGGCACCAAUCUUGUGAACGGCAAAACCGUUGAGUUUCCUGCCUUACUGGCAGGCAAGCCAGCAGUUGUUGUGUUCUGGGCGACCUGGUGCCCGUACUGCAAAGCGUUUAUGCCCUACGCAAAAGAUAUACAGGCAGAGUACGCAGACGCCGGGGUGCAGAUUGUGACGCUGAAUUCCAAAGAACGUGGCCGCGGUGAUCCCAAGGCGUACGUCGACUCUCUCGACUUUCCGAUGUAUGCCAUUGCGGAUGCGGAUGCCAUCGGCGAGGCGUACAGCAUCAACUUCAUUCCCGGGUUGCUGGUGGUCGAUGGCGACGGCCAGGUUGUCUAUCGUCGCCGCUCGACCAACCUGCCGGCAG